CCCGCCGAUUCCUUUCUCUCCCCUCCCCCCGGGAGGGAGGAGGAGACUCCGCGGCCCUCCCUCGGCCCUCCCGGCGGCGGCCGCAGCAAGCCCCGUGCCCGCUCCGCCCAGCCGCGGCGGAUCGGACGUCCGGAGCCCGCUGGUCGCCGGCCGAGGUCGGAGGGAGCGACCCCUCCCCAUAGCCCGGAGAGCAGCCAGUAGCAGUGGCCAUCAUGCACAGUGGUAUCGCAUCUGCUACGCGUCCCCCGCGCUGCCUCUGAGUCCGGGACUUCCAGCCCAACACCCACGAGCCCGCCCGCCCCCGCGGCCACGCCAUGAGCCACGGGCCGAGCCCCCGGCUGGCCGAGUCCCCGCAGCUGUCCAAGGGCAGCCUCCUGACCAUCCUGGGCAGCCCGUCGCCUGAGCGCAUGGGGCCGGCCGACUCGCUUCCGCCCACGCCUCCCAGUGGCACGCCCUCGCCAGGGCCGCCACCGGCGCUGCCACUGCCGCCCACGCCCGCACUGCUGGCCGACGGGGACUGGGAGAGCCGUGAGGAGCUGCGGCUGCGGGAGCUGGAGGAGGCGCGCGCGCGGGCGGCGCAGAUGGAGAAGACCAUGCGCUGGUGGUCAGACUGCACCGCCAAUUGGCGCGAAAAGUGGAGCAAGGUGCGCGCCGAGCGCAACCGCGCGCGCGAGGAGGUGCGUCAGCUGCGCCAGCGCCUCGACGCGCUCACCAAGGAGCUGGCGGGGGCUCGGCGCGAGCGCCAAGAAGCGCAGGGCGAGAGCGAGGCGCGGGGCCGCGAGCUGGCGCGGCUGCGGGGCGCCCGGGGAGGCGUGGACAGGACGCCCGAUGGGCCCGAGACGGAGCCAGAAAGGGAACAGGAGCCGGUGCCGGUGCGCGACGUGGGAUCAGGAUGCGAGAGACCGCAGGGCAGCCAGUCCCCACAGGAGCUGGAGCUGGUGGAGAGCCUGCUGAAGAGCAGACCAGAGGAGCCCGAGGGCUGCUGGGAGGUGCGCAGCGCGGGGGCCGGGGCCCCACGUGGCAGCUCGGGCCGCCAGGAGCGCAGCCGCCUGCCCUGGGAGGACACCACCGUCGAGGAGGAUGCCUCCAAGCUGACCGCCCUGCGGCUACGGCUGGAUGAGUCCCAGAAGGUGCUGCUCAAGGAACGAGAGGAUAAAAUGGCACUGAGCAGGAACAUCGAGAAGCUGGAGGGAGAGCUCAGCCAGUGGAAGAUCAAGUACGAGGAACUGAGCAAGACCAAGCAGGAGAUGCUCAAGCAACUCAGCAUACUGAAGGAGGCCCACCAGGACGAGCUGGGCCGCAUGUCCGAAGACCUGGAGGAUGAGCUGGGUGCGCGUUCCAGCAUGGACAGGAAGAUGGCGGAGCUGAGGGGCGAGAUGGAGCGGCUGCAGGCGGAGAACGCUGCCGAGUGGGGUCGCCGGGAGCGGCUGGAGACGGAGAAACUGGGUCUGGAGCGGGAGAACAAGAAGCUGCGGGCGCAGGUCGGGGACCUGGAGGAGGCGCUGGCCCGGCGACGGCGGCAGACAGCCAGCGCACUGGACUGCGACCUGCGGGCAAGCCAGGCUGCGCUCUUUGAGAAGAACAAGGAGCUGGCCGACCUCAAGCACGUGCAUGGCAAACUGAAGAAGCAGUUCCAGGAGAAGGUGGCGGAGCUGGCCCAUGCCAACCGGCGGGUGGAGCAGCACGAGGCCGAGGUGAAGAAGCUGCGGCUGCGAGUGGAAGAGCUCAAGAAGGAGCUAGCCCAGGCUGAGGACGAGUUGGACGAGGCCCAUAACCAGGCGCGGAAGCUGCAGCGGUCGCUGGAUGAGCAGACGGAGCAGAGCGAGAACCUGCAAGUGCAGCUGGAACACGUGCAGUCCAGGCUCCGCCGACAGCAGCAGAAUGCCCCCCUCUUUGGGAAGAUCCGCAGUGCUCGCUUUGGUGCCGAGGAGGCAGGGGACGGAGCCAGCGACCUGGACGAGGACGAGGACCUGCAGAUCCAGGUGGCUUAGACCUGCCAGGGCUAGGCAGGACUGGGCGCCACCCCCCAACCCUGGGUGCCCAGGCUGACCAGCCACUCGAACUGAUGCAGCUGUCCGUGCUGACUCUGGGAGCAGACCCCAGUCCCUGCCACAGACAACUUCCUUCUCUCCCAUGGUGGGCGUUGGUGGUCCCGCCUUACCGACACUCCAUAGAAGGGAAGCCGUGGCCUACGUUUUUUUUAUAUAUAUAUUUUAUAUAUAUAUAUAUGUCAUAUAUAUAUUAGUAUAUAUGCCUGGGGUCCUUGGACUUAUUUGGUUUUAUAGACACAGGACCACUCCAAGGCCCAGUCAGGUGCCCCCACCCACCCAGGACUUUCUUGCUGGGGGAGGGGGUGUCAAAGGAGAGCUGUUAGGGGCCUCCAUCCAGGCUGCCUCUCUGGACCUUGGAGGUCUGGCAGGGGCUGUGACUGUUCAUAGUACAAUGUGAUAACCCAGUCUUUUGUAAUAAAUGGAGUUCAUGUUCUCA